GAUCUUUUUUUCUGUGUUUUUUUGUGUGUUGCUUCAUCGUUCCACUAUAGUGAACGUGAUUUUCGCUCCGUGAAAGCCGCCGACCGCGUCACUCCGGUGAUGAUGGACUCGCUUUUCCUUCCCACCGACGUACCCGACCUAUGAAACAAACACUAACCCACCUAUACAACGGCUUGCAAAUCGGCCAAGGGAAAAACGAGGCCAAAGAAAGUCAGCUUAGCCGAGGAGGGAAAAAUGAAGAGUGCCAACGCGGGACGGUAGCUCGGUUUCCUCUCACGGAAAAGAUCUGCAACAAAAAUCUACAACACUUGUGGGUGCGACUUUACGUAUAUCUGAACGCGCCGGCAUCGAUGGUUGUUGGAAAAGUGUUUGAAGUCCCAUGUAAAGGCUUAGAAUCUAACCGAAUGUCGGGGUUAAAGACGACGUGGAAUUAAUCUCGCGUGUUUACUUUUUCUCCCCCCGUUUUACUACAUGCUCGACUAACUCACGUGUUAUCAGUGUUGUUCCGGGAGUAAAGGCAAAAAUAGACCGACGAAUAAAAGUAGCGGUUUUCACAUCGUAAUCGUAUAGCAAGUUUCUAACCAAUCCAACCAGGAAGCGUGUGUGUGUCGUUCGUGAACAAACACAAGGCCCAAAGGGACACAGCUUCUAUCGCACAAAGAGAAGCGAUAGAGUGUCGUCAAGCAACCGUGUCAAGGCGGCUCAUGUAAUGCUUUCGUACAUCACUCCACUAUCUCCAUGGCUAGAGAAGACGGAUGAGCGACCACCAUCAGCAAACGAACGAACAAAGUAGUCUACGAUUUUUUGUGAUGUAUAGUGCACGAAGGGGAAACACAUUGAGACAUCAAGACGUAAACAAAAUAAGAACGGCCACGGCAGUGACACAAAAUCAAACCUUUUUCUAGUUGGACAACAUUUCUCUGCCUGUAAAACGAUUCACUUCCUUCUCCUUGACGCAAUCGUCUAAUAAGAAAGGAAAAGGAUUUAACACCUCAGGCAACCGGAAGCCGAGCAGACGAUGCAAAAGCUCGGGGCCUGUGAAGCGUCGGCCAGGAUGCAACUCUUUCACCAGAAGCUUACCACAUUCGUCGGCUCUUCAAUGGAACAACCAGAACGAAUGGGAAUCGAAGCAUGUGCGUUGCUAUAAUAAAUAGCAACCGUUCUUUAGCUUUGUAAAACAAACUUCUCCAACACCAUCGGAACGCAAAUCGAAGGGCGGAAAGAUUGUGUUUAGGAGAGAGCAGAAACAAAACGCCAGCAUCCCCGGGUCCGCUGGUGAAGGAAGGACAACACAAAAAAGGCAGCUUCGCGAUGGAUUGGAUUAUUAACGAUGAGCUUGGGCUCACGGUGGGCCAUCUGGUAGGAUGGACGUCAGCAUCGUUUAUGGUCGUCGGUGGAGUGUUGCCGUACAUCCCUCAGUACCGGCAAAUCAAACAGACGCAGGAUCCAGAAGGGUUUUCUCUACACGUUUGCCUUGCACUUCUGGUGGCCAACACACUACGAAUACUCUUCUGGUUUUCCAGCCGUUACGAGCUUCCGCUGCUGGUGCAAAGUGUGGUGAUGAACAUAACCAUGUUCCUGAUGAUACACCUGUGCGUGAAGGUGCGCCGGAACAAUGCGAUCAUGCGUAUGCGGGAGCGUGUCUUUUCAGGAACGGAUGGGGUCAUUAGCGAGGCACUCGGCAAGAGUGGUGGUGAAGGUGGUGUAAUUAACAUUCGCAGAUCCUCGAGCACCAAUCUUACUGCCACGGCCACCGGGGCCAAUGCAACGACCUCGACAACGGUCACGGCCAAUCUCAACAACACCACCAGCAUCGGUAUAGGAUCGGCCCUGGUAACGCAACCGUCGGACGUUGGUGGGCAGUCAAGAACGCUGAAGAAAUCGCGAUCCCGCCACUAUAUCCUGGAUUUCGAUUCGCGUUACUUCUGGCAGUGGACGGAUUUCCAAUCGUACCUUGAUUUUAUGCUUGUCGUAUGGGCUGUCGGUGCUGUCAUCACGUAUGUGAUGCUUUCCGUCACUUGGUUCAUGGAGACAAUCGGCUUCCUAGCCGUCUUUACCGAGGCAAUGUUAGGCCUUCCACAGUUUGUAAGGAACUAUAAAAAUAAAUCUACCCAUGGGAUGAGCAUCUGCAUGGUGAUCAUGUGGACUGCUGGUGAUAUGUUUAAGACUGGUUACUUUAUUUUAAGACAUGCACCCACACAAUUCUGGAUCUGCGGUACGCUGCAGGUCAGCCUAGAUCUCGCUAUUUUGCUGCAGGUCUACAUUUAUCGUAAGAAUCCCGCGCCACGUAAUGCGCAUCGCGGCGAUUAGCAGUUUGCCCCCCAAAAUAUAACUAUUCAAGGCAACGUAAAUAACAACAACAGUAAAAAGAACAGUAUCCAUUCGCAUCGAAAUCAUUCGUCAAUUCGUAGCAGUUGUGACAGGACGGCUGAUCAGCAACACACUUUGGGCAGCCCUGGCAAUGGCUGCACACUACUCUCUUCACCAGAUUCGCACGACACAGCCCCUAUUCUUCCGGGUCGGCGUGAUAUUGGAGUUGGCUGCAAUCGACUCCUGGGGCUGGCUCCUUUAGCGACGGCCUGCUCCUCAUCAGCUGCGUCUUCCUUCUAUAACAGCAUGCUUGGAGCGGAAUGUUCCGUUUCGUUGCGUUCGCGAGAUCGUAGCUCCCUAACACCAGGACGGACCAAUCAGACGACGGUUGGUAAAGGUAAUCGACUGGCCACACGCUUUCAGCACUCCAAAUCACACUCAAUUGCGUCGUCGCCCCGCGAAACAACGCCGGUACGCAAUUCCGCUGUAAUCAGUGUACGCGGUGGAUCCGAAAAGUUUAGCGAUCGUCAAAAAACGGCAUCUUUACCACUGCCCAAGCGACGGCAACUUAGUCUGAGUGCCCAUGAAACAGCCAACCUAGGCGGAGAAGAAUGUAACGAUCACAAUAUCAGCGAUGAGCAUCAACCUUCUUCUCAUGUGAACGUACCAACCGAAGAAACGUACAAUGGAUGCUCGUUUGCAGGCGAUAACUGUUCGUUCGACACAGCAACUUCCGGUUUAUGUGGUCCUCAGCAAACGCGUGACUCCAGUUGCACACUGAACAGCAAUAGCUACAAAGAACAGUACAUUCUAGGCUGUGGGCAUUAUCGUAGCAAUCUGAAACAUUACGAUGCACUUUUGGCCGGUGGUGGUUGUGUGACGGCGCUGCGUAAAGACGACGAUGUCGAUGGUUUGCCUAUGGUAGAAUUUGGUGAACGAAAAGGACACAUAAACCCGCCGUCUAACAAACAAGAGCCGGACUGCGCUGGUAAAGAAGAACCGAUCGAUGAGAGGAUUGCGACCGUACAACCAAAAACACACCAUUAUCCGACCAAUGCAAAAUCGCUCGAGGACAUCUUAUGACGACACGCAUCACUGGCCUUCUGGCCAGUGAUGAAUGUAGAUCAAAUUCGACGGCUGGAGCAACAUCAGAACCGGUGGCAUGAGUCCACUGUAUCGACCAUAUCCACUGUAAACAAUGAAUCUCGCACGAUGCGGUCAGUCGAAACACAAACCGAUCAGCUAGAUGGAAUUAGUACUUGUUGUUGCGGCGAGGAUGCGGCCAGUUUAUGCGGAAUGGUGCCCGAUCUAGGUCACGACGACGAGGAGGAAGAGAAGCCAUUCGUAGCUGGAAAAGCCCGAUCUAUCGAAGCGAAGAACUGCUCGCAACAUAAUGGGGAAGAAGUGUUUCAGAUAGACGAACAGGUAGCUGUGAAUGGAGGUGUUGGUCGAUCGGAGGAUUCGACAUACAUACACUGUGAACCGGAGCUAAAGUCAAUUGCUGUUAAGCUUGACAGUGAACCGGAUGAGGAUGAAGAUGAAGAAAUGGAACAGGAAGACGAUGAAGCCGUGGAGCGUUCGCGCCGAGUACGUUUAGUCGCAGCAAACAACAUGUUCAAUUUCAACAAGCUAGAAAUUCUGAACGAACGAUCCUGCUCCGCCAGCGGCAGUAGUGAAGGAGGUAGCCAACGUGCCAACAUCACCGUUCCCACACUGCUUCGAUCAUCAUCCGGUGGUGGCACCAGUAUGAGCGAUAGCAAUCGUAAUUUGUGCGAAAAUGAGGCAACCGUCGCCGUAGACGACGCCUUUGCAGCAGCUGCCAGUGCUAAUGAGCAGUUCAAGCAACAACGUGAAGGAGACGCGGGUCCGACAGCACCAACUGUUUCGACUGGUAUGAAAGUGUUUGGGCCGAGGCUUGAUUCGCUCGAUGCUAUUUUCAUCCAGGAAAGCCCGGAAGUAAUUUUAUAGCACAGGCCGGCGUUAAUCUUUCUUCGCUUAACUUCGAUGGCCUUAUGAAGAGAGGAAUCGACCAAAGAACAAAUUGUAGAGAAACUAAUGCAAUGGAUGCUUACUUACUAAUAACUGAACGAACAACCGAAACUUUGAAGUGAGCGUGUGGUAAAACAAUGCAAAACCAAAACACCGCAAACUGCACUUGAAUAGAAUAAUAUUUUUGGGGGGUUUUUAAGCUAACAAACAAACACGUUCAAUACAACGUCUGCAGCAGCUUGAUUUCGGCCCAUUCUUUACGGAAGAAAAUUCGAAAUCGGCUGUGGUGCAGCAUUAUUUAUCAAAACGUGUAGUAUACAUAAAUUACCGGUUAAGAGAUUGUAUAAAAUAUUAGCAAAGACAGAGACUUUAUUUUUGUAGUAAUAGUUUUUCAACGGUAAAUUGUAUCAUUAGUCAUUAGGUUUAACCUUAUCGCGAGUGAAUGAUAAAACGAGCGUACAGAAUGAGUUCGUUUUGCGUUUCCUUACCACCACCAAAAUGUUAGCUCCAACAAUCAGCAGAAUCAUUAUUGCUUCCGCGUAUGACAAAAAGUGUUCUUUCCAGGGUGGCAACAUGCAAAUAAUUCUCAAUAAUGCGUGAAACAUUUUUUUUGUAGCUGAAUUAGUUAUUUUCUCAAUGUGUAGUGGAUUGUAACGAACGUUGACGGUGUAAAACAUCGGACUGUUUGGAACGGAAACAAUUUGAAAUGAAGUAACUGAAUUGCGUCAUUUCGGGAGCAAUCAUAGCUUAUUUGUUUACACGGCGACGUGAGGUAAUACUAGAAAAAAAUCUAGCUUAGUUAAGAGCGGAAUAAGAUCGGAAUAAUUACAUACCUUAAAGUCGGAAUCGCAAUGAAAUGAACGUAAUGUAUCGUUUGUUUCGUUUCUCAAUGUCUUGAAUUGUGAAUUUUGUGUUUGAAGUGCUGACUUUGCUGACGAAUGCUUUGAACCAUUCAGUUUUUCGGUGGCAUAUAUGUUUGUGGUUUAUUUAUUGUGGUUUGUAGAUUGAAGAACAGUAAAAUCUAAAGACCGCUAGCCAGUAGGAAGGCAACUAGUUUAUUCAAUCACACAAUGAAACCAUACUGCACCAUAUAAUCAAUACUUCGCGGUACACUUAACGCUACUUCCAUACGAUGGGCAAUAAAAGAAGACAUAGAAAAUAAUAAUUUAAAACUCGAACUAGAAAAGCAUAAUCACACGGGUACGUUGCAUCGAAACGUUGAAGUUGUCAAGUAAAGAUUAGUGGUAUGUGUAAUCUAAAUCUUCCCUCGCUGUACGAAACACAAUGGAUACCAACGUGAAACAGUUUCUAAACUAGGCAUAUUCCUGUUGUUUAACCCAAUUUCUGAAAUCGCGUAACUGCAUCUUAAGUUCUUGAUAGGGAUGAGUAAUUGGGGAUGACAGAGGACCUAUUGUUGGCAUACUGUUUCGUAUUUAAAGCAAGCGAGAUAUAUCAUUCAAUCAACCAAAACCAUCGGACAUUCGGAAAAUAAGCAAUCGUCAAGGGAAGUAAAAUGUUGUCCUUUGUGUAAAACGUUAAGAAAGCAAAAUUGGCAAGAUCAACAUAAUCGCCAGUAUACUACUGUAAUGCAAGUUGGAGCAAUGCAAGAAAUAAGCCAAGUGCCAUCUGUUUUAAUUGUACUAUCGUUUCAGUUUCAGUUGUGCUUAUAUGUUCAAACCAUGGUCCAAGUGGAAGAAGUAUGCUUAUGCAUAAAGAUUUAGAAAAACGUGAGACAAGAGACGGGGAAUGGGAUGAAACUAAUACACUUAAAACCACUGCAAUGUAACUGAUUACAUUCUAUUGCCUUUUAAACGAAACGAUACUAGAACGAGACUCGAGUGUGAUGUGAAGUUAAGCAAAACAAACCAACUAUCUACAAACUGUAAUUUAGCCACAAAUCAUCCCAUUGACGGGAAAAAUGUUUUAGCCUACAUUGUGUCGGAAACAACCACCGGCACCGGUGAAAUGCAUUUCGGUUAAAAUGUAAUUAAGCUAUCGUGUGAUAGAAGCAUGUAUCUAUCCGUUUUGUAAAUUAAUUAAUACCGCUGUGUUUAUUAUAAGUAUCCCAAUUUUGAGUAGCAUAAUUGAUACAAAAUGACUUUUUUCUAUUUUCUUCUUCAUUUUCCUCACGGUUCCGUUGGCUGUAAAAAAAUCUGUAAGCCAAAGUUUAACAACACAUGAGUAAGUUGAUUAACCUGACCAAAUCAUAUUUUCUUCCUUGGAACUCUUUCUCAAAUGCAUGUGUAGGACAAAUACACAUACCAGGAAUGCAUAGUGAUAGCUGACGAUGCUACUUGAUAAGAUGAUAGAGUAACUGGCAAAAGAGGGCAAAAAGUGAAUGAAAGGAAAAGUCGUAAUAAAAGGAAACCAGAUGAGUAUAAUCGAAUAAA